UUUAGUCAUUGAAGCGCGGUUCGCCAUGAGAAAGACAAGUGUCUCCCGGCGGGAGAGCUGUCGGUCCUCUCUCGAACGAGGCGUUUGCGGCAGCUUUAGUUCUUCCUGCCCGCUGUCUCGGGACACCACACACUGCCCACCGCCCACACCCCCCUUUCGCUAUGAGCUGUUGUUUCAAUGACUUGUGGCGUGAUACGUGAUACGCAAUAUGGCGUUGGGUGCACCCCCGAAAUUGUCCGGGUCACGAUGGUGGAGGGCCGAGGUCCCGUGCCGGUUUCCUGUUUGCUGCCGACCGGUGGACCAAGGCCGGGUCGAUGUUAUGAAUCGCAAGCAGUCUCUUGGCCGUCGAUCAUGUUUCGUUGUUUGGGGAGGCUGGAGGACACCACGUUGUUUGGCACCAACAUCUCUUCUUGUUGUCUUGGGUCUGCAUUCGUGUCCGUAGAGCUCGGGAAUCCUUUCUGGUCGAAACCGUACUGCCGUCGUCGGAUCUGCUAUCACGCGCGUACACGGUAUCACUUUGAAUCAGUAUCGUUCGUCCUGAUGCUCCACAUCCCAUCCAGUCAGCUUAUGCUAAUCCGGUACGGCCCCCAUACGGCCUCUGUCGAGGCAGUAAGAAACAAAUUUGGCCCUUGCUGUGUUCCCGGCAGAGCGGGUUUGUUAUUAUUGUUAUUAUCAUUAUGGUCAUGACGAUUGUUACUGUUGCUUGGUUAGCGAUCCACCGGUGCUACCUG